AUGCCUGCAAACAUCCAGAAAAGGACUCCGAAGACUAACAGUAGCCAUGGACAAGUGUCAGAAAAUGGUCAAUCUAAGGUUAAAGUAACACAUACUACAAAGCGCAAACUAUAUACUUGGCAUGAGAUCCCAGAUUGGCAAAAGGAUAAUGAAUUUAUUCAUGGUGGUUACGUUAAAGAAACUAAUAGUUUUACUGAAUGUAUAAAUAGUUUGUUUUACUUACAUAAUGAAUCUGUGAAUAUCUAUAGUCAUUUGAUCCCCGGUUUAAUAUCUUUAUUACUAAUUUUAAUUGAUAAAUAUUGUGUCCCUAAAUUCAAUACUACAACUAUUACAGACUAUCUUUUUAUUGAUCUAUUCUUUUUUGGUGCUUUUGCAUGUUUGACAAUGAGUAGUACCUUUCAUUGUUUAAAGAGUCAUUCUCCAGGUGUGGCAAAAUUCGGUAAUAAAUUGGAUUAUUUAGGUAUAGUUAUAUUGAUUUCGACUUCUAUGGUUAGUAUUCUUUACUAUGGUUUCUAUGAUAAUUCAUAUAUGUUCUACACUUUCUCUAGUAUUACCUUAUUAUUUGGGUUUGCUUGUGCCUUUGUCUCAUUAGAUGAAAAAUUCCGUUCAAGAGAAUGGCGGCCUUAUAGAGCUACCAUGUUUGUCCUGUUUGGUUUAUCAGCAUUCCUUCCAAUUGGUGCAGGAUUGAUUCAUUAUGGUUCUCAUGAAACUUGGACUAGGGUUCAACUUAAAUGGAUUAUACUAGAAGGGGUCUUCUAUAUAUUUGGUGCCUUCCUUUACGGUGGAAGACUUCCUGAAAAAUUUAAUCCAGGUCACUAUGAUAUGUGGGGUCAUUCACAUCAAAUUUUCCAUGUUUUAGUCGUUGUGGCGGCAUUAUGUCACCUAACAGGUUUAAUUAAAAGUUAUACGUAUGUUCAUACUUAUAUGCUUCCUGUUAUGAUUCAAACAUAA